AUGACACCAUUAAAAUUGGUAUAUGGCAAAUCGUGUCAUCUCCCAGUUGAGUUAGAGCAUAAGGCGUAUUGGGCUAUCAAGUUGCUCAAUUUCGAUAUGAAGACCGUCGGUGAGAAAAGAAAGCUUCAACUUCAUGAGUUAGAUGAGCUACGUUUAGAUUCCUAUGAGAAUGCUCGCAUUUAUAAAGAAAAGACUAAACGAUGGCACGAUAAGAAUAUCCUUCGAAGAGAGCUUAAUCAAGGAGAUAUGGUGCUACUGUUCAACUCUCGUUUGAAGCUUUUUCCGGGCAAGCUCAAGUCUAGGUGGUCCGGACCUUUUCAAAUCCGUGAGGUUUUUCCUAGUGGAGUUGUUGAAGUUUGGAGUGAAACAACGGGAUCUUUCAAGGUGAAUGGGCAACGAUUAAAGCACUACAUUGUAGGGGAACAACACGGGAUAGGGGUCACGUAUACCCUUUCAGAUCCCCCUUCGUCAGAGAAUUGA